GACCCUGGAGAAGGAGCGAGGGGACAGAGGAGGGGCUGAGAGAGACCGCAGAGGUGUGGUGAGAAGGGGCUGUGAAAGCAGAAGUGCAGAGAAGGGGAUAGACGGCUGUCUGGAGAGAGGGAGGGAAGGAGGGAGAGGCAGAGGGGGGUGGACCAGGGAGGGGACAGAGACAGACACACAGCAAGAGACAGAGACAGAGAAGGAAAGAACUAGGGGCUUGAGAGGAAAGGACCAGACUGAGAGACCGAUGUAGCGAAGGAAAGAAACAGGGGAGAAAGAGAGGGAGAGGGAGCCUGGGGAAGACAGAGGGGAGAGAAAUAGAAAUAGGCAGCCAGACGCACAGCAAGAACUGCGGUGAGCUGACAGGGACCACCUCCCCCCACCUCCAGCUGCAGCCAGGCCCUCGGGAGCGCGGCGCGGUGGGCAUCGCGGCGCGGUGGGCAUCGCAGGGGCUGACCCGGCUCCCCGGCCUCGCCCCCUCCCUCGCCCCCUCCCACCCCCGGGGACCCCUCCGGCCCGGGGCGGCCGCCGGAGGCCGGGGAUGCCAGAUUCGUGCCGGAACCUCACAUACGUGCGGGACUCGGUGGGCCCGGCCACCAGCACCCUGAUGUUCGUGGCGGGCGUGGUGGGCAACGGGCUGGCUUUGGGCAUCCUGGGGGCGCGGCGGCAGUCACGCCCCUCGGCCUUCGCCGUGCUGGUCACCGGGCUGGCGGUCACCGACCUGCUGGGCACGUGUUUCCUGAGCCCGGCCGUGUUCGUGGCCUAUGCCCGCAACAGCUCGCUGCUGGGCCUGGCCCGGGGCCGCCCGGCGCUGUGCGAUGCCUUCGCCUUCGCCAUGACCUUCUUCGGCCUGGCCUCCACGCUCAUCCUCUUCGCCAUGGCCGUGGAGCGCUGCCUGGCGCUCAGCCACCCCUACCUCUACGCGCAGCUGGACGGGCCGCGCCGUGCCCGCCUGGCACUGCCCGCCAUCUACGCCUUCUGCACCGUCUUCUGCUCGCUGCCCCUGCUGGGCCUCGGGCAACACCAGCAGUACUGCCCGGGCAGCUGGUGCUUCAUCCGCAUGCGCUCCGCCGAGCUGGGCGGCUGCGCCUUCUCGCUGGCCUACGCCAGCCUCGUGGCCCUGCUGGUGGCCGCCAUCGUCCUCUGCAACGGCUCGGUCACCCUCAGCCUCUGCCGCAUGUACCGCCAGCAGAGGCGCCACCACGGCUCGCUGUUCCCCGGCCCCCGGACGGGCGAGGACGAGGUGGACCAUCUGAUUCUCCUGGCCCUCAUGACGAGUAUCAUGGCCGUGUGCUCCCUGCCCCUCACGAUCCGCGGCUUCACCCAGGCCAUCGCCCCGGACAGCAGUGAGAUGGGGGACCUCCUCGCUUUCCGUUUCAACGCCUUCAACCCCAUCCUGGACCCCUGGGUCUUCAUCCUCUUCCGCAAGGCCGUCUUCCAGAGGGUCAAGCUUUGGUUCUGUUGCUUCUGCCUGAGGCCUGGCCAAGGGAACUUGCAGACGUCCUUCUCCCAUCCCACCUCAGGGAGGAAGGACUCAAGGGCCCCCACUGCUCAAGGGGGGAAGGAGGGGAGCUGCGUGCCUUUGUCAGCCUGGGGCGAGGGACAGGGGGCACCCUCGCCUGCCUUACAGCCAUCCAGCGGCACUGUGGGAACACCGUCCAAAGCGCAGUCCGAGGCAGCCUGCUCUCUCUGCUGACAUCUGCCCCGUGAUCUCCUGCCCUGUCUUCCGGGAGCAGGAGCCAGAAAUUCAGGGACAUGACUGAUGGCUGCGGGUAGACAAGCCCAGAGAUGGAUCCUGGAGCCCUGCCGGCUAGAACGUUGACCCCCUGGAUUCAGGGGGAGAUCAGCUGCUAUUUCCUCUCCUUCGCAGUGGCCGCGAUGGGCUGUGGGAGGAGCGAGAGAGGGAGAGGAAACAAUUAUCUUGGAGCAUAAAAAGAACAGUUCUCCCAAAAUAUCCGGUGGCCUGGCCGGCCUGGUCUGGCCCUCGCUUCACGCAUCCAUCUCACUGUCUAAAUAUUUAGAAGCUGGAAAAGUUCCCAGCAGCUUCUGUGUGCUCAGGUCUGCUCUGGUUAGGGUUCUGUCUCUGACCCUCAUUCAUUCAGGGUGCCCUGGAUGCCCACCCCAAAUCCCCAGCAGACAGCCCUACCCUUGCCCCACCCACUCUGAGAGCCACCCUCCCUCUGCCUCAUGGAAGCCAGGGAUUCUCAGACACGCUCCCUGCCUCCCCUUUACUUCUGAUUCCCAUCGGACUUGGGAGGCCGGGUCCCCCCAGGGGAGGUGAAGAAGGCGAGACUGUUGCAUUGUGGGCGACACCAUUGGACAGGUGCCUGGGAAACUGCAUGGCUUGGUGAGUUGCAAGAUGUGGAUGGCGGGGCUGUGGGUUAUGGGAGAAGCUGGAGAAGGAGGGGGUGGGAGGUCCGGAACCCAGGGACCGCCCAAGGACUCAGACCUAAGUCCUAUGCCUGUCCCUAUGCCCCCUCGCAGAGCCUCACCUCACUGCCUGUGUCCUUGGACCCCACACAAAAAUGUCAUUCAUUCAUUCAUUCAUUCAACAAAUAGUGGGCGCUGACUCUACCAGCUGCUGGGGACACAGAUCAGUCUUGGCCCCACCCUGGACUCCUCUGGGGUGAUUUCCAGUCUUCAGUUCCCCUUCUCAUUGCUGGGGUGAGGUCUAGCCAUCCACCCUCCCUCCUUUCUUGUUCCCAUCCCCUGCCCUCGGGCACAGAAUUCAAGGGUUUUCCAGGAGUGAGCAUGAAAGGGAGUGAUGCUUCCGGUGGUGGGAGGAGGUGAAUGGGAAAGCCCCCAGACUCCUUCCAGCCUUGGUUCCCCUUUCUCACUUGCUUCAGGGUUAAAACAGUAAAUAUGCCCCUGGGGAGGUGUGGAGGAGUAGAUGAGGCAUAAGCUUCCCAAAGACCAUAGCAGCGGCUAAAGUGAGUCCACCUCCUCGUGAGUUGUACCCUCCUCCUCCAGCUGGCUAUUAUUAGAGCCAUUCUACAGAGGCUGAAAGCAAAGUCCAGAGAGGGCAAUCACCAGCCCCAGGUCACACAGUGAGGACAAAGCGCAUCCUGCAGGUGGAGCUGGUCUUUUCUUUCUUUUUUCUCUUUGGGCAUGCCUCACUGCUUGCGGGAUUUUAGCUCCCGGACCAGAGAUCGAACCCAUGCCCCCUGCAGUGAAAGUGCAGAGUCCUAACCUUUGGACCGCCAGGAAAUCCCUGGUCUGUCCUUUUAUCUCCUUGGCCCAGAUCACUGUUGGGCUGAUGAGUUUGCCUUGGUUUCCUUUUGCAUAGAAUGGUGAUCAUAAUCUAGAAUUUAGCCUACAGGGCUGUGUGGAGGAUUAAAUGUUUCCCCUGAAAGCAAUUUAGCGGGGAGUAAACCCAUAAUACGUGUUACUGUUACUGCCAUUGUUGUUGUUGUGGUGGUGGUGGUGGUGGGUUUUGUUGUCUUUGGCAUCUGGGCAAAUGUGGUUUGAAUACAACACUUUUCUCCAUUGUUUUGACAUUUUCCCCCCAGUCACUAUGUUUCAUUUGAAGGGGUAUCUGCGAGAGUUAAAAAUAAGUCAAACAACUGCUUAAUGGGUACAGGGUUUCCUUUUGGGGUGAUGAAAAUGUCCUGGAACUAGAUAGCGGCUGUGGUUGUCCAAUGUUGUGAAUGUACUAAAUGUCACUUUGACAUUUUAAGAUGGUUAAAAUGGUACAUUUUAUGCUAUGGAUGUAUUACCACAAUAAAAAAAAAAACAUGUAAUACUGAAAAAAAAUGAGGAAGUUUAGA